GGGGAGCGUGCUCUACCACAUGCGGAGAUGGAGACCAAACUCGUACAAGAGCAUGUGACAAUCCAGCCCCAACUAAUGGAGGAAGCGAAUGUAAUCCAAGUGACCUGACAGAAACGCAGUCGUGUAAUGAUGGAGAAUGCCCUGUUAACGGAGGUCUAGGAUUCUGGUCAGCAUGGGGAGCGUGCUCUACAACAUGCGGAGAUGGAGACCAAACUCGUACAAGAGCAUGUGACAACCCAGCCCCAGCUAAUGGAGGACUCGAAUGCAAUCCAAGUGAUCUGACUGAAACGCAGUCGUGUAAUGAUGGGGACUGUCCUGUUAACGGAGGUCU